AUGCAGAUUGUUUUCUCCGAUGGCAAACUUCAAUCAACAGCUCAAGACUUAAUUACAAUUAACAACUCACUUCUUGACUUGAUUUGCUUCUUAUUGACUAAGGAUAUUGAUUGCAAUUCCAUUACAGAGUCAUUGGGACUCUUCUUCUUCCAUAAUCUUUCAGAUCUUGGAAAUGAAGAAAUCGUACGAUUCGUUUACACAUUCCUUCGAACUAUAUCUAAGGUCAGACCCAUAAUUGCACAUCCAAUGUCUGCUACACGAGUUCAAUGGAUUUUCUUAUCUCCAUUAUCUCUUUCUAAGCACUUCUUGAUCAACAUGACUAACAACAUGAAACCAUUAUCAACGAACGCUAUGUAUUCUCCUUAUUCUAAACUUACAUCACAAUUUUUGUUGUCGACACAACAAUGUUUUGGCGGUCGUGAUCCCGACACAUUUGCACUUUGUGCAGGCUUUUUAGCUCGAUUGUUAUCUAACUUAGAUGAGAUUUGUUAUAGUAUUCGACAACGAAUCGCAUUUGCUUUAUUCCCUCUUAUUGAUUUAUGUUCUAAUCAUUUUGAAUCCCCAUUAUUUAUGUCUAACAAACGAAUGCAAAUUGCAUUGAUUCCAUUUGUUUUAUUCUUAAUCAAGAACAGUGAACAGAAGCAGUUAUUAUCAUUCUUCCAUUCAUUAUCUAUCUCAUUCAAGUGUCAUUUCAUUUCAUUCCUUAAAUUGACCGGAAAAAUCAUCAUUGACACAUUGGAUGUCAUCAAACCAACAUAUGAAUGUCCACAAAUUAACUUGAAUCUUCUUGAUUUGCUGACACAUAUUUACAUCAAAUUUUUGUUUGACGUCAAAUCAGAAUUAGGUGUUUGCAUGAACGAAGUCAUCCAGUUAAUUGAAGUUUUGUUGUGUCGAUACCAACCAACAGAUAACUACAAGUAUUUGUAUUUACUUUGUGAUUCAUUAUUCGAAUCAUAUCCAUUAGAACGUAAUUUCAUCAUCAUGUCUACUAAAUUAAUUAUGUACAAACAAGCAAAAUCACGUGCAUUGAGUACCGCAUUGAUUAUUAACA